AUGGCCACAUCCACUACUACCUCUUGGGAGUCGGCAGUCGCCGCGAAACAACAAUCAUGCCGUGAUAAGCUGCCAAAGGAAUGGCUGCUCCCCUCGGCUAUCUUGCAAACGCUUCAGACGCCGCUUGAAGAUCAUCCGAACCGCAUAAAUGACAUGGACAUUCCACGCAAGUCGGGCAUAUUGACUGAGAAGGAAUUGGAUAUUACCGAGAAGUAUACUGUAGCACAACUGCUAUCCAAAUUGAAGAGCGGUGAACUUUCUGCGCUCGACGUAACACUUGCCUUUUCCAAGAGAGCAGCCAUAGCACAGCAACUUUUAUCAUGCCUCACUGAAACCUAUUUCCCUGAGGCACAAGCCCGUGCCAAGUUUCUCGAUAACGAGAGAGCACAAGGACGGAUAGUAGGGCCGCUCCACGGCUUGCCAGUUAGUGUCAAAGACGGGUUCCAUGUUGCUGGUUCAGAUGCCAGCAUUGGGUUUGUGUCUUUCUUGAGUCGUCCCCUGUCUGAGAAGAACUCGCCUCUUGUUGACAUUUUGCUUGAACUUGGAGCAGUCAUUUAUGUGAAAACGAACAUCCCACAGACUCUCAUGACUGCAGACUCUCAUAACAACAUAUUUGGGCGCACACUGAAUCCAGUAAACACCAGUGUUACUGCUGGCGGGUCCAGUGGCGGCGAAGGUGCCCUGAUGGGCUUCCGGGGAUCUCCUUUGGGCAUUGGUACAGACAUUGCAGGCUCGAUUCGCAUACCAUCUCUAUGCUGCGGAACGUAUGGUUUCAAGCCAACGACUUGCCGGAUACCUGAUGGCGGACAAGCUUCCCCAGCCCUGGCAGGCAUGGAUUUCUUCAAGCCUUGUGCGGGACCUCUAGCCAACGAUGUCCACGCACUUGACACUCUCUGCAACUCAGUCAUGUCGGCUCGACCAGCGUUGUACGACUCGACUGCUCUCGACGUGCCUUGGAUGGAUCUCUCUGGAUCUCCACACCCAGAGAAGCUACGCAUCGGCGUUGUCUCCGAAGACCCAUCCUUCCCGUUGCACCCACCAGUCAAGAGAGCUUUGGCGGAGGCUGUGAAGCUAUUGGAGGCACAGGGCCACUAUAUUCACAAGAUUAGUGCACCUAGCGCGCAUGUAGCCGACGCAUUGGCUGUCGCCUUUGCUUACUUCUUUCUCGACGACACACCCCCACAACAUGUUGCCGCGAGUGGCGAACCCGUGGUACCAUCUGUGAAGCAAAGUAUGGAAGCGUUCCACGCUUUCAAGAACAGUUUCCUUGAUGACAUGGCCCACCUUGAAGGCGUCAAGAGAGUGGCUGCGCUCAACGUAAAGAGGAACAUCAUCUUGGAUGAGUGGAGGUCCCUGUGGAAGGAGCAAAAGCUAGAUGUCGUUAUCGGGCCGUCGGCGCAACAUACUGCAGUUCCGCAUGACACGUAUGGCCUGCCGCCUUACACAUUGUUUUUGAACGUGCUUGACUACCCUGCAUGCGUCAUACCAUUCGGCAAAUCAUCUAGCAAACUUGAUCCUGAGCCUCUUGUCAUGGGCCCUGGUCAGUGCGGUGCGAAUUACGAGCCCGAACGCAUGGACAACUUACCAACAUCGAUACAAGUCUUUACUAACAGGAUGCGUGAUGAGGAGUGUCUUAAAUUUGCGGCAGUCAUCGAUGGAAUCCUGAACGCAAAAUGA